AUGCUCUGAUGAUUUCUUCUUCGCUUUCUCCUCCCAUUCUGCAGCAAGCAUGCGCAGUACACUCCGUAACUCGCAGCGUGCUCGUUCUCGUUAUUUUUCGAACCCGUAUUCCUAAAUAUUUAAAUACGCGGCUUUACCAGCCAAUCAACGAACUUGACUGUUGACUUGAACCAAUCGGAAUGAAGGAGGCGGACAUGAAUAACCAAUCGUAGAGCAGAAGACCGGGCCUGUCAGAAUACGGGUGAUGAAACACGCACAGUCGUGCAGCGUGGUUCCUCAUGUGUCCUCGUUUUGGCUAACCAUGAGGGCUGGCAACGACAAAGCUGUUUAUUAUCCAUUAGAACUUCAUGUUAUAGUCUGAUUUUUUUAUUUUAUUUAACAGUUGUUAUUUAAUUUAUCAGUUGAAAAGAUGGGGAAAAGAAAGACUAAAAACCAGAAGGCGGCCCGCGUCACUUCGAAUCACGUGGCCGAGGAGAAGUACAACAGCGUGCCGCACUCCUUCGUCUUCCACCGUGGCCAAAUCGGGAAGAACGUGGAACAGCUGGUGAUGGACAUGCGGCGUGUCAUGGAGCCGUACACAGCACAGUCCUUAAAGGUUCGAAAGAAAAAUGUCUUAAAAGAUUUUGUGGCCGCAGCAGGACCGCUGGGAGUCACGCACUUCCUGAUCUUCACCAAAACUGACAAUAGUGUUAACUUGAGACUGGCCCGACUUCCUAAAGGCCCCACUGUCCAUUUCCAGAUUUCUAAGUACACUCUCAUUAAGGAUGUAGUUUCAUCUUUAAAGAGGCACCGGAUGCACGAACAGCAGUUUGCCCACCACCCGCUGCUGGUGCUGAAUAAUUUUGGGCUGGAGGGCAUGCAUAUCAAAGUGAUGGCUACCAUGUUUCAGAACAUGUUCCCUUCCAUCAACGUGCACAGGGUCAACCUGAACAGCAUAAAGAGGUGUGUGUUGGUGGAUUAUGAUCCUAAGACUCAAGAAAUAGAGUUUCGGCAUUACAGUCUGAAGGUGGUCCCUGUGGGCAUGAGCAAGGGUGUGAAGAAGAUCUUGCAGGAGAAGUUCCCUAACAUGAGCAGACUGGAGGACAUCAGUGAGCUGCUUCUGAAGGGUGCAAACCUUUCAGAGAGCGAAGCAGAGCAGGACGGCGAGCACAACAUCACCGAGCUGCCUCAGGCGUACUCAGGCCGCGGGAACAUGAAGGCGCAGCAGAGCGCCAUCCGACUUACUGAGAUCGGCCCCAGAAUGACCCUGCAGCUGGUGAAGAUUGUAGAAGGCCUGGGAGAGGGGAACGUGCUUUAUCAUUCUAUUAUGACGAAGAGUGAGGAGGAGAUUCGGGAGAUUCUGAAGAGGAAGGAGGCCCGUCUGAAGGAGAAGGAAGAACGCAGGAUGAAGCAGGAUGAAAACAUAGCCCUGAAGAAUCAGAAACGAGAAGCGAACAAGAAAAAGAGUCUGGAGGGCAUGAAGAGGAAAUGGCAGCAGGAAGAGGCUGCGUCUGAUGACAGUGAAGUGGAGGAUCCUGGGAUGCAGGAGGACAAGCCUGAGGCUGAGGAGUCUGAAGAUGAGGCAGAGUAUUACAGACAGGCUGUCGGGGAGGAACCUGAUGAAGACAUGUUCCCCACCGCAAAGAGGAAACAUGGCCCGGGCAAGUCACCUAUGCCUUUCAAAAAGAGGAAAAUGUCUGCGUCAAAAGCUUCUGAUGACGAUAAAUCAAGAUCCAGACCUAGUGGCAAGGCUUCUUUUGGUGCCAAAAACUUUGGUGGUGGGAAGUUUGGUGGGAAGAACAUGGGUAAAUUUGCAGCAGGAAACAAAAGAUUUAGAGCAGGAAAAAUAACCGGGGUCAGCAGCCGGUUUGGGAAGAGUAAAGGAGGAAAGCAGUUUGGGGGAAACAAAGGGGAAAGGUUUGGGGGAAACAAAGGGGAAAGGUUUGGGGGAAACAAAGGGGAAAGGUUUGGGGGAAACAAAGGGGAAAGGUUUGGAGGAAACAAAGGGGAAAGGUUUGGAGGAAAGAAAAGUGGGACACAAAGUUCAAAGGGGAAAGGACAAAGACCCAAAACCGGCUCUGCGUUUAAAGCAGGCCCGAGAGGAGGACAAACAAAGAAGGACUUCAAGAAGAAGAAAGAGAGAAGACAGAUGCUUUGCAUUGCUGUUUUUAGGAGGCUCGGUAAAAUGAAAGGAAACUGGAACUGGAGCUGUAACAAUACGUUUCAAAAAGACCUGUUACCUCCCAUCUAUGGUGUGGAGAUGUGUGUGGCGCUGGUGGGGAACAUACUGGCGCUGUGGCUGCUUGUGAGUAAGGAGAGGAAGAACUGGCACACCGGAGUGGUGUUCUCCUGCAACCUGGUCGUCAGUGAUAUCUUUUACGCCCUCACUCUGCCCCUUCUUAUCGACUAUUAUUCAAGAGGUCGACAGUGGAUAUUUGAUGAUGCUGUCUGCAAAAUAGAGCGCUUUCUCUUCACCUGUAACCUCUAUGUCAGUAUUUACUUCAUCAUGUGCAUCAGUGUUAAUAGAUACCUGGCCAUCGUUCAUCCCUUCUUUGCACGCCAACACAUUCGCCCAAAACACGCCAAGAUCAUCAGUGUGUUCGUCUGGAUCUUUGUGGCAAGCAUUUCAUCUCCACUUCUCUACUUUUCAGGUGUCUAUAAGGACAAAUGUUUCUUAUUUGCAAAUCUAGAUAGAAAAUCAAGACUAAAGUCUACCUACAGGGUGUUUAUGGUUGUUAUAGGCUGCUUUGUCCCAUUUGUAGUUACUUUUGCAUCAUAUUUUGGUGUUUUGUGGGUGGUUUUUAGAAAUGCAAAUAUCACCUCAUUGGAGAAGAAAAAAGUGUCUCUGAUUGUUGGCGUAAGCUGCAUCCUGUACACUGUGUCUUUUGUCCCCUAUCACAUUCUACAAAUAUGGAACUUUAAACUGAGGGAAGAAGAUAAAUCUAAUUGUUCUGUGCAUAAUGAAUACCAAGUGUCAAAGGCAUUAGCUUGCCUGAACAUGUGCCUCCAUCCCAUCCUGUAUAUGGCUGUGUUUGAAAGUAUCAGGGCAGUGUGCUGUACAAAGAGCUCAAAUGUAUCAAAUGUACAGAUCACAAAAGCUGAAGAACAGAACCUUGAAUUGAAAUCCAGAGACUGAGAUUGCAAACGAUUUUGUUUUCCUGCAAACAUUUGUGUUGAUUUGGAUGUAUGUUUCAGCUCAUUAUCAUGUUGAAAAUUUAAUCUAUGGCCAAAUUUCACCCUUCUGGAAGAGGUAACCAGGUUUCGAGUUAAAAAUGUUACUGUAGUUAGUAAAACUGAUAAUACACUCAAUAUUCACAAGCUGUUAAACAGCCCCAAAAGAUUCAUGUUGCACCUCCAUGUUUUAUGUUACAGUGGGUUUGGGGAACAUGUUGAUGACCUGUAUGGUCAGUAAAUUUAUUUUGGUCUCAUCAGAACUGAUUCAAAUUGUAAAUCCAGUGAUGGGAUGCUCUCAGGAAGUGCUUCAUAAAAUUUUCCAGAGUUUGUUAGCGUUUUUUUUUCUCUUUCUUUUUAGGUUUACUCACAGUUUCCAGAAGGGCCCACCAUGACACGCUAUAGGUCCAUUGUGUCUACAUAUACCAAAGCUAAUCCAAUGCUGGACCUACAUCUGUUACCAUAGUAAAUUUCAAAGCCAAUACAUUACCCCCUUGUGACACAUUGAAGAAUUUUACAGCAUUUAAAAUAUCAUGAUACAAGAUGGUAAUGUAUUGGCUUUGCAGUUUUACAGCAUUUUAAUGCUGUGUCACAACACAAUAUGAUUUUUAUUUUAAACAGUUAUUGCAAGUUAGUUCAAGAAAAUAGGAACAUUCUGAGUGCGUACCAAGCCAAAGUGUAAUAUUACUUCCUUCUAUUUCCUUUUCUAUUUCUAUUAAAAAAUAACAGCUUAUCUAUUGUUUGGGACAUUUUAAGUUACACAAGCCUCUCAAAUUCUCUUGAUUGUCUGCCUCCAAACAUCCCCGGAUAAACUAAGGUAAUCUCAAUAUGGCUCUCGCAUAGGAGAAUAGGACAUGCAGCACCACACAGUCUCGCAGUCAUAUGAUCAGUCCCCAUAUACAACAUGGUGUCCAAGCGGUCGAAGAGGCACUGGAGUAGAAAGGAGACACUGACUCUUAUUUCAGCUCCAGCGACGAUUUGUCAUGUAAAUGUCAAACUUUUACAUAUGUCAUAGCAGAAUGCACCACAAACUACAAAAACAGACUUCCUGGACUACAACACCCACACACCAUUUUCAAUGUCAUGUUCUCAGUAACUAGAUAUUACUGAUCACACAUCUGGACUCACGUCUCAUGUAUGUUAAGAAAAGGUACGAUAAGAAAAACUUUAUUGAUCCCACACUGGGGAAAUUCCCUCAUUAGAGCAGCUCAAUUACACAAAACAGAUAAGAAAGAAUACACAUUAAAUAGGAAUAGAAUACAAA